GGAGAAAAUCGAAAUUCCCCCAAAGGGGAAAAAAAAAAAAAAGUUUGAAAGUUCUCUCCAUUUCAUCUCCACAGCACAUCGGACAGAAAGACAGACAGACGGAGAUGGAAGCGAAGAGAGCCGGAGCUUCACUGGACUCCCUCGUCUCUUCCUUCAAUGCUCGGAUCGCAGAGCUUCAGGAGCUCGUCAUUGCCCGCAACAUGUACCCGGGGAGCAGCGUCGCCGACCUCUCAGCAGUGGAUGCUGCGUUGAAGGCCAUGGAGCUCCAGGUGCAAGCCAUUAAGGACCGAUUGCGGGAGGAGACCGAAGCCAUCCCCAAAGCUAAGAAGUUGAUCGAGGCAUCAUUAAAGCAGCAGAAGAAAUUGCAGAGCAUGUGUGUUCAUGUCCCUUCUCAUUUGCCUGAGAGAAUGGCACCCCUAAACUCUUCAUAUGCAGAUGAAUGCUUGCAGGCGCCAGCUUUUAAACAUGAUCCUGCUCAUGGGAAUCUGAAAACUGAAGAUGAACCUGUUCCGAUGCCUAAGGAAAAAAAAGGGCGCGCUUCUCCUCCAUUGUGGUAUAUUACCUCAGAUGAGCUUGAUACCUUGUCCUCCUACAUGAGAGGAAGGCUCACUGUAGACAGAGUAAAUGCUGCUAUCAAUGACAUGGCUGCUUAUGCCGAAGCAAAUGCUCAACUUAUUUAUGCACCAAAAAAGAAGGUGGGAGAAAAUCAUUGGGAAAAGGCCCUGGAAUUGAGAGAUAUUGCCAUGACAGAAUCAAUUAAGGGAAAGCACUUUUUCCUCGAAACUGACAUGAAAGGACCAACCCUGAAGCUUGAUAACACCGGAAAAGCUAUACUGACUGUUCUACGACACCUGGGCCGCAUAACUGAGACUAGAGCUGGUCAUCAUCGUGUCAUCAUACUACUGAAGCCUCAUUGAAUGUGUUCAUAUGCAAGCUACUCCUUUCCCAUCUGCCCCAAAUUCUGCCCCUGCCAGUGACAGCUUCUUAUGGUAGCAGCUGCUAAUGAUAAGUGCAGUAGAAGAUGUGAUGAUAAAAUGACUUCUAGUGGAACUGUUGCACAUGCUCAUUCACGGGGAAAUGUCCUUUGUUUAAAGGAAGAGAUUCGGGGUUGGGGAGGGGUAUUGCAGUCGGCUACCUCCAAGAGAGGAGGGGCUAAAUUCGAUUGGGGGCUCCCUCCCACCCAAAGCGAGCUUGCAGGCGAGCUGAGGGUUCUUCAGCAUCCCCUUUUGUGGGGAGCCGGUGGCUACAGGCUGGCAAGGAGGGAUGCCAUUCUCACCCCCUCCUUCUCCGUUGGUCUUUUGUAAUUUUCUUUCUUUUUUUUUUGAAUUUAAAAUAAUAAUAAUUUGAAGUGCCUUGUCAGUAUUAUUGGUCUCGUAGCGCCCAAUUGGUCGUCACAUUAGCAAAAACAAAAGUGGUUAGAGUAUUCUUAUAAAAGGAGG